AUGCCUGGAUUUAUGAAUUGUAGUCCAUUAUAUUGGAAUAUCCGGGGCCUCAAAUCAUCCCGGAUAAGAUUGGAUAAGUUGGUUAGAAAGUUGAAAUUAAAUUUAAUUAUGAUUGCUGAACCGUUUGCAGAUGAGAACAGGUUGGAUAUGUUGAAAAAUAGACUGAAGUUCGAACACAGUUUCUCCAAUCAGUGUGCUGAUGGGAAACUUUGGGUGCUUUGGGGAGGUGGCUUACAUAUCACAGUCACUAAUUUCAGCUCCCAACACAUCACCAUUUCAUUGGUUAUAAACUCUCAACAUUACUUCAUAUCAGUAGUUUAUGCCAGAUGUAGUUAUUUGGAAAGGCGAGAACUCUGGAGGUCGUUGCAAAUGGAUGUCGUGGAAGACACUCCUUGGCUAUGCCUUGGAGACUUUAACAUUAUUCGCAGGGAGGAAGAGAGAAGAGGCGGGAGACCUCGUUUGAGGAUUGCUAUGAAGGAUUUUAAUGAGUUUGUUGAUAAUUGUGGACUCAUGGAAAUGAAGUCAGUAGGAAGUAAAUUCUCUUGGUGUAAUGGCCAGAGGGGUCUUUCUAGAAGCUGGUCGAAGAUUGACAGAUGUAUGCUGAACUCACUGGCUGCCAACUCCUUACCAGAUGCUUUUUGCAGGGGUAUUUUCAGUUUGACUACCAAAUUGAAGAAAUUGAAAGGGAUCUUAAAGGAAUGGAACCGGCGGGUUUUCGGGCAUACUGAAACCAACAUACAGAAUCUAGAGAAGCAAAUAGAGGAUUUAGAAAACCAACUUCAGAUUGGUUUCUCGGAAUCUAUUGAAUCAGAUUUGUUAGUUGCUAAAGAAAAUCUUGCUACAUUGUGA